GACUAGCAUACAUGUGCGUCAUACAUGUAUGUCACACAUGUGUGACGUACUUUGUACGCCAACAGACUUUAUCCAUACACUUACACACAAGUUUAUCAAACAUGUUAGUUUGGAAGUGCACGAUGAGCAGUGAUGACACCUUAUUUCUGUUAGCAGCGGCGUACGCUGCUUUAUUAAGCAAAAAGAAAAGGAAACUAGUUCAACAGCCAACAAAAAGAACAAAAUGAGUGAAAGAAUGGCUUUUGAAACGCUCAAAGUAUACUCAUAUUAAUCUCCUAGAAGAGUUACGCCUAGAGCCUGAUGAUUGGCGGAAUUACCUCAGAAUGGAUGAAGAAAGUUACAUCACACUAUUAAAGUUAGUAUCUCCAAUAAUUAAAAAACAGGACACGAUCUUGAGGGCUGCUAUAUCACCUCAUGAGCGAUUAACAGCCACACUUCGCUAUUUAGCCACUGGAAGGAAUUAUGAAGAUUUAAAGUUUUCAACGCUAAUUUCUCCUCAGUCGUUGGGAAAAAUAAUACCAGAGACCUGCAAAGCUAUAUUUGACGUUUUGAAGACCGUAUAUAUGAAG